AUGGAAAGGCAGCUAUUGUCCCUGUUGGAUUAUGACCUUCGUGUGCAAGAGUCGGAUCUCGAAUUACAUCUUGCACCCUUUUUAAAACAAAUACAAUCACUCAAUUUCGGUCAUGCCAUAAGGAUAGAAGCUCUAAGAUUACCCAGUCUCAGACAUAUUCAUCAUCGCACACUUUCUCAUCCGCGCCCACGUCCACGCAUACACUCCCCGUCCUCAAAACUACCAACCUCACAUCAUCAUUGUAUAACCCCACCACGGAGGCACAACUCAUAUCCUCUCCGAGAGAGUACACGUGUCUCAUUGAAGCCGUCUAUAUAUAACACACCCAUAACCCCGAUGUCAAUACUCACUCCCAGUUAUAACGGAAGCAAUAAUGUCGUCAACUUUCCACAGCAUUUGCACGCCUCCAUCAAAAAUGCCAACAAUCCGAUCAUCGUUACCACUCCUGCUGACAACAAAAACAGUGGCAAUAAUAAUGAAAUCUUCUUUCAAUCAACCCCAAACUGCAUCGAUGAACACUUUCAAUCAACCCCAAAAUUCAUCGGUGGACACUUUCAAUCUACCCCAAACUGCAUCGACGAACACUUUCCCGAUAACACAAGUGAUGAUUCUCAAGUAGGCAUGAGUACGGACAUGGAUACCGAUGAAGAUGAAGAAAAUCAUUCAUCCGGGGAGGAGAAACGAGUCGUCUACGAUGAACCCACCUUAGCUACGUUUGACGAAUUAUGCAAGCGUUACAUCGAACACUCAACAACCCCCUCAACACAAUGGAACUGUCAGACAUUACCCAAAUCGACAUCCCCAUCUACCAUCGCCAACGCGAACCUGCCAGACGCUGGCGUCUUGCACUUCCCUUCCUAUUGCAGUGGUCAUAAUAAUAAGAUG